AGGCCCCAGGUGUAAUAAUUAGGUGUGAAGCACGUUGCAUUGAUAUUCACGCGGAUGCCGUCGUCAGGAAGAUAGAUUUGGUUUUUCAAAGACGGAGAGGACAGACUGGAGGGAAGUGACAGCUGGAUGUGUUCCGUCUGAUGCUGAUUGAUAAUGGCUUCGGUGAAAGUAGCAGUCCGGGUCCGUCCACUGAACAAAAGAGAAAAGCAGUUAGCGUCGAGUGUGGUCAUUCGUGUGAAGGGGAACACUACGUAUAUCGAUAAGUCCCCACUUGUUCGAGGAGACGAACUGAAGGACAGAGGCAGGAGCUUUUCCUUUGACUUCUCCUAUGAUUCCACUGACACAGGAAGCCCCGCAUUUGCGUCCCAGGAGCGGAUCUCCCAUGACUUGGGGUCUGACGUCCUCAGAGCAGCGUUUGAGGGUUUCAAUGCCUGCGUGUUCGCUUAUGGCCAAACAGGGUCAGGAAAAUCCUACACCAUGAUGGGUCAUAAAGAAGAUCUUGGUUUAAUCCCCCGGAUUUGUGAGGGACUGUUCCAGGAAAUGUCUGAUAGAAGCCGAAUUGGCGGCGUGUCGUACCGCACGGAGGUCAGCUUUUUAGAAAUUUACAAUGAGCGAGUGCAGGAUCUUCUGAAGAGUGGUGGAGUGUUGAGAGUGAGAGAGCAUCCCAGUGACGGGCCCUACGUGGAGAGUAAGACUUUAUUCGCCUCAGUUUGUAUUCUGUACUGUACGCACAGUGAUUUUUUAUUUUUAUUUUUUUUCCAAACUGCUACAUGUGUAGAUUUGUCCAAGCACGUGGUCCAUAACCACAGUGAAAUGGAGGACCUCAUCAUCCUUGGCAAUACCAACCGCACCACAGCCAGAACCGGGAUGAACGACUUCAGCAGCCGCUCCCACGCCAUAUUCACCAUAACCUUCACCCAGGCCUGGUUUGAUGUGUCGCUGCCACGUGAGACGCUGAGUAAAAUCCACCUGGUUGACCUAGCGGGCAGCGAGAGAGCUGGCGCCACGCGCACCACAGGCACCAGGCUGAAAGAAGGCGCCAGCAUCAACAAGUCACUCGUCACCCUGGGCAGUGUGAUCUCUGCGUUGGCUGAUCUAAGCGUGGGAGGGCCAUCGGCAAAAAGGAAGAAGAUCUUCAUUCCGUACAGAGACUCGGUGCUGACGUGGCUGUUGAAGGACAGCCUGGGUGGCAAUUCCAUAACUACAAUGAUAGCGACGGUUUCCCCCGCUGAUGUGAACUACGGGGAGACGCUGAGCACUCUGCGCUACGCCAGCCGAGCUAAAAGCAUAGUGAACUCUCCCACGGUGAACGAGGUUGGCAGCGUGAAGGUAAUCAGAGAGCUGCAGGCCGAGGUUGCCAGGCUUCAGGGGCUGCUGGAAGAAGCCAGUCAGGCUUCCCACAGGGGUCUGUCUUCGACUGUGAAGGUGGAACAGCAGCUGCAUCAAAAUGAGGCCAAGGUUUCUGCGCUGACGGAGGAGUGGACCCGCAAAUGGGAGGACACUCAUCGCAUUCUACAGGAAGUGACUGUGGCUCUUGGAAAGAAAGGGAGUGCAGGGGUCCUGGACUGUGGGCUGCCUCAUCUGAUAAGCCUGGAUGAAGAUCCACUCAGCACUGGGAUAGUCCUCUAUUAUAUUAAAGAUGGCAAAACCAUGAUUGGCAGUGACAAAGUCUCAUUCAGUCAGCAGAUUGUGCUUCAUGGGCCCGGCGUCCUCCGUGAGCACUGUGUGCUCGAGAGCUGUGCGGGGACCGUGGCACUGGUCCCUCAGGAGGGCGCACGCUGUUCCGUCAACGGCGCCGAGGUCACCAGCCCCCGCCAGCUGACUCAUGGUGCACUCAUAAAACUGGGAAGAGGCGCUACCCUUCGGUUCAACCAUCCAUCCGACGCUGCCCGGCUCAAAGAGGAACGACAGAAUGGGCUGCCACCUGAAUCGAGCUUGUCCUUGACUGACACGUCCUCAUCUACUGAGAAUCUGUCCAAGGCGAUGCUACACAAUCCAGGUGUGGAUGCGAAGGCCACACCACAGUCCAAGUCCUUUCUCACCUGUGCUUCACCAGAGGAGCUCAUGGCUGCAGCUACACCUGGAAAAUAUCCCGUCUUCAACACCACCUUUGAUUUGGAUGGAGAUGCACCACAGGGUGGUGUGAGCACCAGGGAUGGCCAGGAGCAAGAGAAGGACUCGUGUCAUAAAUCAGGGCUGCGGCUCGUGUCUGAGGAACCGCAGGCAAAAGCCCUGAGUGGGGCCGGAGCUGCAAGUUAUAAGGGAGAGGAUCGGCCGGGGGAUGCCAACCUCCAGCAGACAAGUGUCCUGGGCCCGGGUGAUGGAUGUGACACACAGCCAGAGGGGAAUGCUAAUGAGAUCCAAGGUGUUGUGGCUGACUGCUACGAGGGAAGACCUCGCUCUGGUGGGAGCUCAUUAGGCGGCGGAGGAACUAGCCCCAUGCCAAUCCUCCCACAGACCAGCGCCGCUCCUCAGCUCGGCGAAAAGCCCCUCAUCAGUCAGGAGGCCUGCUGUCCACCUGAGGAAAGCGCCUUCGAGGGCCGGACCAGGUGUGGAAGGAUGGAGGAAUCUGACGGUUUGGAGGAGACGCCCAGAGCGUGUGCGACCGAGGCCUCAGAGGCCACAAGGCGGCGCUCCUUGGUCCGUACGGUCUCCUGUAUGGUCCAAGACGCAGGGCGCCUGCUCUGGGACUCGCCCGCCGUGUUCCAGCAGGUGAGGAAGGAGGGGUUCCAGCCUCUGGGAGCUCGUCUGUCCAGCCACGUUGUCGCGCUGGUCAGUAGAAGCAGCGCCCUGUCUGUGGUGAAGGACAGCCUGGCGUUCUCCGUGGUCAGACGGAGCUUCGUCUUCUCCCUGGUGAUGGACAGCUUCGUGGUCUCCGCGGUCAAAGACCUGCCCCUCGUGCAGCACAUCCAGAAGGAGAUCAACCAGCACCUCCAGCUCCAGGAGGCCGCUCAGAUGAUCCAGAGCCGCAUGAACCCGCAGCCCACGCAGCUCCCAGCUCAAGCCUUUGGCGGCGACAACAUAUCGGCAGAGGUUCCACAGCAGCACACGGACGGCCCACCCACCAGCGAAGGCCAGAACCUGCAGAACAACGUCCCGAUCGCCCAUCAAUCACUAAUAGAAUUUCCUGCUGUCCUUCUGGACCUGCCGCUGCCCAGAACAGUGGCUGCGGCGCGGCCUGCGCUCCCCCCCGCGGCGCUGGCGUCUCAGAACCCGGUGGCUGUGUUCCGGCUGAACGUGGCCGACUGCGGCCGGCCCGAGCCCCGCCCUGCCGCCCUCCUGCUGACGGAGGCCGACCUUUACGUCCUGACCGCCGACUCAGGGCCUCUGGUUUUGUUCCGCCGCCUCCCCCUGGUGCAGCUGAAGGAGGUGCAGGUCGGCUUCGCAGGCCUCGGCCUGCGUUUGACCGGCGCUGCAGAGGAGGGCGUCCUGGGCGUCUACACCCACAGCCAGCGCAUCACCAAAGACCUGUGCUGCGCGUUGCUCCGCAUCCUCUGCCCUGGAGGUGGAACCUCCCAUCACCCACUGCUCCACGGCGACCUGAUGCAGAUGUCCCUGAGCCGGGAGCUGUCGGUACCCGACCUCCUGCUGGACGCCGGCUUACGCGUGUGCUGCGAGUUCCAGCAGAGUCUCGCUGAUCUGGUUGACUUUCUCCAUUGCAGCGUGGACCAGUCAGGAGAAGCGGCGGCGCUGGGAGACGUGCAGAUGCUGCUGUACGUGAGUGUGGGGGUGCGCGUGGGCCCCAGCCCCCACCCCGGGUCUCUGGCCCAGCUGCUGCUCACCGACACCCACCUUGGACUCUUGCAGGAGGACGCCGUCUUUCAUCCGGCCCCUCGUCGGCCCCAGUUCCGCGGCCUAACCCUUCGCCCACGCUCGGAUAUACGCCGCGUGCUGCCGUGCGAUGAAGGCGACCGCCGCGCUGUCGGACUGGAUGUGAUCCUAGCCAACGCGCAGGCCGUGGGUCACCCUGAAGGCGCGACUCGGACCGCUGGUCCGUCUGCACACGCCUCCAGUUCCCCUCCAGAUGCAGAAGUGUGGAAAUUAACUUUCAGCUGCUCCGCCGAGGCCGCCCGCCUGAUUAAUCACUUGUCAAACGUCUGAUCAAGGGCUGAGCGGCCGGUAAUGAACAGCCCAGCAUGAAAACUCUGACAAUGGCAAAAGUGCAUCCGAAGCAGACAGUUCAAAGGACGUCACCACUCUUAAAGCAUAUUGUUUUUUGUGUCCUUGUUUUUUCUUUUUUCUAUUCUCACUACUGUCCCUUUUGUUUGUUUUCAUUGCUUUGCAGUCUGUAAGUGAAAUCUGUUUUUACAGUCAGUAAAGUGCAGUAUCAGUUUCAUUUGUUAAUAUUUUAGAAGAUUUUAGAUUCUCUAUUUUUCAAAUGAUCUUACUGUAAGUGUGUGUGUGCGUGAAUAUGUGUGUGAGAUACAUGACACUUAGUUUUUGUACGAAUUAUAAAUAAAAGCAAGGUAAAUCCG